CGACGGACGGCGGCGCGGGAGGACUCGAGGACCGCGGCCCCGCGCCGAGUGCGGGCGGCGCGCGGGGGUUCCCUCUGAAGCACCUGGGAGUCCGUGGGUCUGCGGACAGCAAGAAGGGAGCCCGCCCAGGGCCUGGAGACCGUGCACAGCCCACAGCCUGGCGGGCGGGGGCGGCCCCACGGAGGAGACUCAGGAAGAAUCGAUGCCUUGGCCCCUGGCACCAUGUACGCGGUGUAAUGACAGGAAAUGAGCAGGUUUGCAGGGAAGCUGGUGGCCUGAAGUUUAAGACCGAGGCGUCGGUGCUGGGCUCUGGCUGAGAACAUGGCCAGCGGCAUUGACGAGCUCAUCGGCAUUCCCUUCCCCAACCACAGCAGCGAGGUCCUGUGCAGCCUCAACGAGCAGCGGCACGACGGGCUGCUGUGCGACGUGCUGCUGGUGGUGCAGCAGCAGGAGUACCGCACCCACCGCUCCGUCCUGGCCGCCUGCAGCAAGUACUUCAAGAAGCUCUUCACGGCCGGCACCCUAGCCAGCCAGCCCUACGUCUACGAGAUCGACUUCGUGCAGCCCGAGGCCCUGGCCGCCAUCCUGGAGUUCGCCUACACCUCCACGCUCACCAUCACAGCGGCCAACGUCAAACACGUGCUCAACGCCGCCCGCCUGCUGGAGAUCCAGUGCAUCGUGAACGUGUGCCUGGAGAUCAUGGAGCCCGGCGGCGAGGGCGGCGAGGAGGACGACAAGGAGGACGACGAGGACGAGGACGACGACGACGAGGAGGACGAGGAGGAGGACGAGGAGGAGGAAGAGGAGGAGGAGGAGGACGACGACGACGACACGGAGGACUUCGCCGACCAGGAAAACCUGCCUGAUCCCCAGGACAUCAGCUGCCGCCAGAGCCCCUCCAAGGCAGACCACCUCACGGAGAAGGCGUAUUCAGAUGCCCCCAGUGACUUCCCCGACGCCUUCCCGGCCGGCAGCCCCGGCCACCUGGGCGUGAUCCGGGACUUCUCCAUUGAGUCUUUGCUGAGGGAGAACCUGUACCCCAAAGCCAGCAUCCCCGACAGGAGACCCUCCCUGUCUCCCUUCGCCCCGGACUUCUUCCCCCACCUCUGGCCAGGCGACUUCGGGGCCUUUGCCCAGCUGCCCGAGCAGCCCAUGGAGCCCCUGGACAACGGGCCGCUGGAUCUGGUCAUCGGCAGUCGGAAGAUCAAGGAGGAGGAGAAGGAGGAGCUGCCCCCGCCCCCGCCGCCGCCCUUCCCCCACGACUUCUUCAAGGACGUGUUCCCCGACCUGCCCACGGGGCCGCUGGGCCCCAUCAAGGCGGAGAACGACUACGGUGCCUAUCUCAACUUCCUGAGUGCCGCCCACCUGGGGAGCCUCUUCCCGCCCUGGCCGCUGGUGGAGGAGCGCAAGCUGAAGCCCAAGGCCUCGCAGCAGUGCCCCAUCUGCCACAAGGUCAUCAUGGGGGCCGGCAAGCUGCCGCGACACAUGCGGACACACACCGGGGAGAAGCCAUACAUGUGCAACAUCUGUGAGGUCCGCUUUACCAGGCAGGACAAGCUGAAGAUCCACAUGCGGAAGCACACGGGCGAGCGGCCCUACCUGUGCAUCCACUGCAACGCCAAGUUCGUGCACAACUACGACCUCAAGAACCACAUGCGCAUCCACACGGGCGUGCGGCCCUACCAGUGCGAGUUCUGCUACAAGAGCUUCACGCGCUCCGACCACCUGCACCGGCACAUCAAGCGCCAGAGCUGCCGCAUGGCGCGGCCCCGGCGCGGCCGCAAGCCCGCCGCCUGGAGGGCCGCCAGCCUGCUCUUCGGGCCCGGGAGCCCUGCGCCCGACAAGGCGGCUUUCGUGAUGCCGCCCGCGCUGGGCGACGCCGCCGCCGCUGCCGCCGCCGCCGCCGCCGCCAUGUGCCUGCCGGGCCCCAGCCCCGCCAAGCACUUCCUGGCGGCGCCCAAGGGCGCGCUGAGCCUGCAGGAGCUGGAGCGGCAGUUCGAGGAGACGCAGAUGAAGCUGUUCGGCCGCGCGCAGCUGGAGGCCGAGCGCAACGCCGGCGGCCUCCUGGCCUUUGCCCUGGCCGAGAACGUGGCCGCAGCGCGGCCCUACUUCCCGCUGCCCGACCCCUGGGCCGCGGGCCUGGCCGGGCUGCCCGGGCUCGCCGGCCUCAACCACGUGGCCUCCAUGUCGGAAGCCAACAACUAGGCUGGUCCUUGCCCACGGCCUCGGCCUGCUCUGCCCUACUCCCCCCUCCCCAGGCCCACCCUGCCCCACAGGGGGCCUGAACCUCCCACUUCACAAAGGGAAAAGGGAAACAGAGAUACAGAUCAGCAGCGACCUAUAGCCCAGGCCUCCAAGGCACCUGUCUGCCUUCUCCGGGGUCUGAGACCCAGCAUCUCCUGCCGCGCGCAUGGCCCCCACCUUUGCCUCUCCCAGGCCGUCUCCCUGGCUUUCACAGUUGGAGCAGAGCCCACACUGGGUCCCAGGAGCACUUGACUGUGUGGCGCCGUCAGGGGCAACCACGUGGCCGGGAGACCAGGCAGAUGGGGCCAGGUCCUGGGGCAGUCACUAGGGCUGAGCCCCACCUCCCCUGGGGUGGGGGUGGGGGUCGGGGAUCCUUUUGAAAAUGCUCACCUGCCACCCAAGCAGGAGUGCCCUGCUGGCAGGGAGGCCUCCUGUGACCCUCUGUGCCUCGGUGUCACCCGGCUCUGAAGGGGGCUGGUGGUAUAGGGUCCACCCCACGCACGCACCUGCGUGCACACACACACCUAUCCCUGCAGAGGAAGCCUGCAUGUGGGAGUGCCAUGCUCCCCAAGGCCCUGCCCAAACACUCGCUCCCCCUGGACUGUACCAUCACCCCCACCUCUGUGCUGGCGGAGAGAGGGAGAGGUGGCAUGGGGCUUGUGGCGGUACGCACCAUGCUGCCCUGCUCUCAGCAGGCCCCUGGGGAGCAGGACCCAGCAAAUGCCCCAUCUCAGCGCCCUCUCCAGCAUAGUGCAGGGUCCCUGGGGGCUAGAGGCCACCUCUUAACCCCCCCACCCCAAGCCCUCCACAGACACACAGUGGGUCCUGGAAACCGACCCGGCGAGCCAGGGUUUCUCAGGGCCUCGGUGCUGUGGGGGGGCGGCCCCCUUUGCUGUCUUUGAUCCCGCUCAGCUCCUUCCUGGGCCCCUGGAAGCACAGGUGCUGGGCUCCCCUCUUAGGAUGGAAGGGAGGCCCCAGUGCCUCUGGGAUUGCAAGGACUCUGACAGCGCCUUCCUGGCUCCCGGGCAGGUGCGGGAGAAGAGCCCAGUGCCUUCCCGCUGCCCGCCCCCACCCCCACCCCCACGGUCCGGUCUGAGGCUGCCCGGGGCACCCCGCCUCCGAGGGCCUGGCCUGGAGCCCCCCAUCCGAGCUGGGACCACUGCAGACUACGGCGCUUCCCAUCGCCUUGGCUUUUUCCUGAACAAACACGAACAAAAAGGCACGAGAAGACCUCAGACUGCGGCCCCGCGCUGCUCGCGGGGAGAGACGCUGACUCCUGGGGCCGCGGAGACCGUGGUCGCCGGGCGCGGUCCCCAGCCAUCGGCAGCCUGGGCCCGGGGUUCCAUUGCAGACCCUCGCUCUGGGGACGCCGCAGCCCGCGGGCCACGCCCCCUCCUUCCACCUCCGCCAAGGGCCUGGGGCGGAGCAAAACUGACCAGAAACUGAGGAACAAAUGGAAUUCUGCGGUGUUGGGCUCUUGUUUUUAUUUUGUAAAGGUAACGACUUCUUAUAAACUCAGUUUUUGAGAUGACUGCUUAGCUCUUUGGGUUUUUUCUUGGCUGCGGUUUGGAGCUGUACAUUGUAAAAUAUCCAAAGAUGUUCGUACUGUAGGACCAAGAACUUGAUGCAAAGGGGGGAGGGGGAGGCGUGGUUGUGGUUUUGUUUCGUUCCAAUUUUUUUUUUUUUUUCAUGUUUCGAUUUCUGUGUCUGCCGGGGAACUUUGGACUUUUUUCUAUUUAUAACUCUUUUUAUGUGAUUGCUCUAUGUAAAAUGACACUCAACAAAGUUUGCCUUAGUGAUUCAAGGGACAAUCUUCCAGAACGUCGGUCGCACGCUGCAUCCCGCCGAGAAAGGCUCUCCGCUGAUUUUCUGGCCUAUUUAUUAAACAGUAUUAACUGAC